AUGGCUACUCAGAUCAUGGGCGACUCCCUUCAUCAGCUGCUUCAGAGAGCGGCGGAAUCCGAGACAGACCCGGACGAGGAUGCUCCGGGAGCUGGCACCAAGGAGUUUUUCAGCUCCUGGGCGCUUUUUAUCCUGAUCACCCUUCUGAUCUUUGCACUCUUUACAAGCUACAUUCUUCAACAGAAGAAGAUUCAGGCGGUUCACGAGACUGUCUUGUCCAUCUUUGCAGGUACGUCUACCGUCCCACAACCGCGCUUGAUCGGAGAUGGUCUUCUGGUGUUGACUGCGCUAGGCAUGUUUGUUGGGUUGAUUAUCCGGCUGAGCCCCGAUUCGCCUAUCCAGGACAGUGUCACCUUCGACUACCAAUUUUUCUUUAAUCUCCUCCUUCCGCCGAUCAUCCUGGCUUCGGGCUAUGAGUUACAUCAAGCGAAUUUCUUCCGAAACAUUGGCACCAUCCUGACCUUCGCAUUCGUUGGGACCUUUAUUUCUGCUAUUGUCCUAGGACUGGUCUUAUAUGUCUGGACGAGGAUCCCGCUUGAUGGCUUGAACAUGACCUUUGUCGAGGCAAUCUCAGUGGGUGCUACGCUAUCUGCGACGGAUCCUGUGACCAUCCUGGCCAUCUUCAACUUGUACAAGGUGGAGCCGAAACUCUACACGGUGAUUUUCGGCGAGUCGAUUCUAAACGAUGCGAUCGCUAUCGUCUUGUUCGAGACGGCGCAGAAGUAUGCUGAAAGCGAGGCCGGCUCGCUGACCUUUCUGAAUUUAUUCGAGGCCAUCGGGCUGUUCUUGCUUGUGUUCUUCGGAAGUAUGCUGGUGGGUGUGAUCGUAGGUAUCAUGACUGCGCUGGGGCUGAAGUACACGCACGUCCGCCGCGUGCCCAAGAUUGAGAGCUGCUUGAUUAUCCUCAUUGCAUAUGCCAGCUACUUCUUCUCCAAUGGUGUUUAUCUCUCUGGAAUCGUCUCCCUUUUGUUCUGCGGUAUUACAAUGAAACAUUACGCCUAUUAUAAUAUGUCGCGGCGAACGCAGUUGACAACGAAAUAUCUUUUCCAGGUGAUGGCUCAGUUGUCGGAGAACUUUAUCUUCAUCUAUCUGGGACUUGACUUGCUUGUUCAGAGAAACCUCCAGUUCAAGCCUCUUUUUAUCAUGGUCGCGGUGUUCGGUAUUUGCAUCGCCCGGUACCUUGCGGUGUUCCCGUUAUCAAAGGCGAUCAACUGGUUUAUUCGAUAUCGCGCCCGUCGCCGGGGUAUGGAUGUCGCAGACGAGCUGCCCUUCGCCUACCAGGCGAUGCUCUUCUGGGCUGGCCUGCGAGGAGCUGUUGGCGUGGCGCUAGCUGCAGGACUCAAAGGGGUUAACGCUCCAGCUUUGCGAGCGACGGUUCUUGUGGUGGUAGUGCUGACGGUCAUCAUUUUCGGGGGCACAACUGCUCGGAUGCUGGAGAUCCUUGGCAUUCGAACUGGUGUGGUCGAGGAGCUGGAAUCGGACGAUGAAUUCGACAUUGAAGUGACCAACGGAGGCACUUACUACAAACGGUCCGGCACAGGCCUGGGAUACACACCUCGCCGCAUGGAUUCAACCAUUCCUUUGGACGGGAUGCUGCGAGGGACCGUGGACGGCCAUGAUAGUUACUCAAGCGGGAACAACCGUCGUCCUAGCCCCCCCGCCCCGUCCUCGUCGGGGAGAAGCCGCGGCCAUUCACGACUUGGUUACAGUCCAAAGGAUACGCAGGCCAGCCGUGACCGAUCCUCGACGGCUACACUCCUAGGCAGUGGCGUUACGAGCCACAGUGGCAGUAGUGCCGGUAGCGAGGAUGAGUUCGGACUGAAAACUAAUGGCAAAGGUCGAGUUGCAGAUGCUGACCAGGUUGAUGCCUUUGACCUCGAGGUAGAUGAGCCUUCGGAUGAUGACCUCCCUCCAUCGGCACCUACGGCGUCUCGUUUGCGACGAUCUCCCUCGCAGCACCUGGGGGCAUCACAAACGCCUUCUUCUACCAGCGCAUCCCCCUCGAGACGAGGGACCUCGGGAAUAAGCGCCCGAGAUGCCAUUCGCGAUCUUUUUUCGGGCGGCCCGUCUGGAGAUCAUGCCGCUUGGUUUCGGCAGUUGGAUGAGGAUUAUAUCAAGCCCCGAUUGCUGCUGGAUCAGUCGAACCACAAGGGGCCUGGAGCUGUCUAG